AUGUCCCAACAACUUCCAAGUACAGAAGGAGACCCAAUCACUCCAGCAGUUGUUGAGCCCAUCAAAGAAACACCAAAACCGGAAAAUCCUUUGCAGACUGUGGAAACAGUUUCCACCCCCCAAAAAGACGAUUCCAAUCUUGAGCUCUCAAAAUCUGAAACACAGAAAAGUGAAACCUCUCAAGUUCAACCUUUCAAAGUUGAGAUUGAAAAUGUCGUAACGGCGAAACCCGAAACAAACACAAGCGAAGUGAAACCAAAGCAAGAGCCGCAGAUCAUACCGGAGAACUUCAAACCAAUUGACGAGAAGGAUUUGCAGGAGUGUUUCUACUAUUUUGACACAAAUGGAGACAACAUGCUCACUGCAGAACAGCUCAAGUACGCUAUUAGAGCUUUCGGCGUCAAUCUUGAAACCUCAAAGAUGGACGAGAUUAUCACACAAAACGAUUCAAAUUCAUCGGGGUUAUACAGCCUCGACACGUACAUAAACAUUAUGAAGGACAAGAAAAAGGAUACGGACAAACCAGAAAAGGUCACAGAGAACUUUGCGAUAUUCGACAAGGAGAAGAACGGAUAUGUCUCCGCCACGGAACUCAAAAACGUGUUGACCACAAUGGGAGACAAAUUAACUGAACAGGAGGUCGAGGACUUGUAUAAGGUCGUCGUUCCGAUUGAUGGAUUUAUCUCAGUUGAGGAUCUCAUCAAGAAUAUGUGUUUACCUUUUAAAUAA